AUGGGAAGGGCUUUUGCAAACCAUAGAUAUAAGUUGAAGGCUGACUAUUAUGAUGCAUAUGACAAUGAUGAUGAUCGAAUUAAGUUUGCUCCAACAACAAUCGACCAAGGACAAUGGAGACAAUUUGUCAGUUGGUUGAGCUCACAUGAGUUUCAGGUUUCUUGUGCUCGUAAUAAGUCUAAUCGGUCAAAACAAACAAUGACUAAAACUACAGGCACUAGAAGUUUUGCUCGAGUGAGAGCUGAACAGGACAAAAUUCAAUCUUUAGUAACCCAAAGAGUUGAGGAAGAACCUUCUCAAGCUAUUGAUGAAAAUGAAAUUUUUUCUGAAGUAAUGGGAAGAGAAAGACAUGGAUGUGUUCGUGGGUAUGGAUUCGGACCAACUCCUUCUUCUGUCCUUGGAAAGAUUCCAUCUUGUCAUGAGCUUGUUACAGAACUAGAAAAAAUGCGACAACAUAAUACUGGUUUGAAAAAUGAAAUGCAACUUUUGAAAGAGAAAAAUGAAGCGUUGUAG